GUGGGUGUGAUCGGCCAGCGCGGCCAUAUUUGUUUUUGAAACCGCUGCAGUCAGAACCGAGAUCGCGUUGCUGGCCAAGAGGAGCCAUGUCAUCCCCAGAAAUUGCAUCCUUGUCCUGGGGCCAUAUGAAGGUAAAGGGUUGUUCCUCUUCUUAUAAAGACUGCAAAGUAUGGCCAGGUGGCAGUCGGGAAUGGAACUGGAGAGAGACUGGUACAGAUCAUUAUCCAGGUGUCCAGCCAGCAGAUCUGGAGGAAAUCCUAAAGAAAGGUGUUGAGACAUUGGUCAUAGGCAGAGGAAUGAGUGAAGCAUUGCAGGUGCCUUCCUCCACCGUAGACUAUGUGAAGAAGCAGGGUGUGGACGUGAAGGUGCUGCAAACGGAGAAGGCUGUGAAAGAGUACAACAACCUGGCCGGACAGGGGGCUAAAGUGGGAGGGGUCUUUCACUCCACCUGCUGAAGAUGUUCCAGCCACACAUACAAGUGCCUUAAAUUUCAGUGGGAUGUUUUUGGGUGCAAGAAUAUCAAAAAAGGAAAACAAACAAACAAAAACUCUGCCAAAGGGAAGUUUUUUUUUUUUUGAUUUUCAUUGUUAUGGAAGAAAAAGGAUGUUAAACUUCCUAAAAAUGACCAUUUACUUAAAAUACAAAAAAAGGUGUUUAUUUGGAUGGAAGACUACACAUGAGAGAAAAUCAUUACUUUUGCUUUUUUUUUUUUAAAUAAUAAAAGCACUGCUAAUGCAGAAAAUAUA